AUGACUCAUUCAUAUCCAAACUUGUACGGUGGCCACUUAUCUCUUUGGUUUCCCACCAAACAGCCGGAGUUUUCCGGGCCCAACUUUGUUGCCACUAAGCAUGAAUCGAAAGCUCAAUACAAUCGCCAUGUGGAAUACUUAUCAGAGUCUGGGUAUCAAGAAAAGGAUCUGUGUUCUUCUAUGUCAACUGGUCAGCCUAAUUUUGAAGCUGCCCCUUCGGUAAAAAGCAGCUUUCAUGAGCACAAUGUCGCGUUUCAGCCUGGUUUCUCUGAAACUUUUAAGAAGAAAGCGGAUUUGCCAUUUGGUGCCACGGAUUACAUCGGCCAUCAGGUUCAAAUAGAUCAUCAUAAUCAGUCAAUGGACUGCACAUCUUACCCUUUUGGUGGAUCAUAUUUUGGAAAGAUAACGUCUGUGGACUAUCCAAAUCCUGUUAUUUAUCCUCAAGGGAUGGGAUCUGCAGCAACAAGAGCCGUGCUUCCUCUCGAUUGUACCGAAAGUGUGGGCCCCAUUUACGUCAACGCCAAACAGUACCACGCCAUCCUCAGGCGCCGACAAACCCGAGCAAGACUCGAGGCUCAGAAUAAGAUGACGAAAUCUAGAAAGCCCUACCUUCACGAGUCCCGUCAUCUGCACGCGCUCAAGAGAGCCCGUGGCUCGGGCGGCCGCUUCCUCAACACGAAAAACGAGCAGGUAUCGGAUCCCACGGCCCAAGCUUCGUGCAAGAAGCCCGACCCGCCCGGGGCCCAACUUGAAGCAGCCCAGCAGCAGUCGGAGAACAACAGUUGGGGGGCCUCCACCCCCUCGGGCUCCUCAGAGGUCUCGUGCAUCUUCAACAACGACGACAUCUUCCCGACACCCGACAUGGGAGUCUCGAUCGACUCUCUCUCUUCCUUGCACGGUUGA